UAACAGAAAAUCUUUCUGACUUGAGUCCAGUUGCAUCAUUAACCACAGCGCUCUUUAAAGUUGAUAAUUCCAGAAGUUAGUUGAGUGCCUUCCAAGCUAUCCACAAGAAGGAAGUGGUAAAGCUGACUAACUAGCGACAGGUUUUCUGAGAAAGAAGCCAAACGGUUUGGUUCACACCGGAAGAAGUUGUUGCCUUCAGUUUAUUCACAGUUCUGAAGAAAGCCAAACUGUAGGCAUUAAGUGUAUCUACUACUUUUGGUUGCUACUGAGGAGAGUCCUGUGACUGGGUUGGUUUGACUGGCAUGAAUUAGUCUGUAACUGGAACCUAAAUGGAUUCUCGAUACACUCCCUAUCGCUCUGAGGUGGUCCGGUGGUCCCCAGAUGACUUGGCAGACUACUUUAAGAAGUUGAACUUCAAGGAUUGUGAAAAAGUUGUCAAGAAAUACAAUAUGACCGGACAAAGAUUUCUGAAAAUGUCUGAAAGUGAUAUUCAGAAGUUUCCAAAGCUAAGAAUGCCAAUUGUAAGCAAACUAAGCCAAGAAAUCAAUCGACAUGAAGAAAAAAGAAGCUUCUUUCCAAAAAGGACACAAACACAGAAGUUUCCAGAAAAUACAGAAUAUAGACACGAAUGUGAUGAUGACUCUUCUUUUGAUGAAAGUGAUGAUUAUGUAAGCCCAGAUGAAGAUGAAGACGGUGUGGACUAUGAAACACCCAACGAUCAAGAUGGGUUUGAUGACGGAAAUGAUGCGGAUUACGAACCACCUCCAUCUAAUGAUGAUAAUGCACACUGUAAUGUUAUAUUUCCUUCCAACGCAAUACCAGCCACAUCAGAAUACAUUGAUAGAUCCACAACAGAUAGAUCGAAAACAUCUCUUCAGCCUCCUGUUCCACCACAGAGACCUGGAUCGUCGCCUACACCAGCAGGAGGCAGAGGCUCCAUGCAGUCACCUUUCCUUUCUCCUUCAAGCUAUAACGAGAGCAGCAGAGAGAAAAACAUCCAGUCAUUUAAACUUGCACCUCCUUCAGUAGAUCGAAGCAAAAAGCCCCCACUGGACCGAUCUGGGCCACCAUUUGAUAGAGACAUCCUUGGACCAGGAAAAAGAACAUUUCUUGAAAUGUCGUUGACACCACAGCUCAGACAUCUGGGACAGGAGUUAACAAAGAUACAGAAGCCUCCUGUGCCAUCAACAGAAAGAUAUGAAAGAAACAAUCCUUCUUCUAGAAGGAAGCCACAACCCAUAACGAACAAUCACAUACCUGAAAGGAAAGCAGAACUUGAAGAUGGCAAUGCUCCCCAACGGCCAGUUCCGCAGCCAUCUUUGCAAGCUUUUAACACAUUCCCUUCUAUAUCCAAGCUACAAUCUAAACACAGUCCUUUACCACCAAGGGUUAUGCCUGAUUCAUACACAGAAAGUGCUACUUCAUCAACUGUCUCACUACCACCCCGACUUCAGCCAAGUAGCAUUCCUCCAACAUAUUCCAAAGGCCCAGCUGAUGCAAGACCUCCAUUACCAGUACCUAACAGACCGAUCACACAGUUUCCCAAAGCUGAGAAUGAAGAUGUGGAAUUAUGCAAAAAGAAAUGGUAUGCUGCUGAUAUCACCCGGCCAGAAGCAGAAAUUGCCCUUAGGAGUAUUAACCAGGAUGGCACAUACUUAGUAAGAAACAGCUCAAGAAAAACUUCUGAGCAACCAUAUGUCCUGAUGGUGCUUUACAAUAACAAGGUGUACAACAUUCAAAUACGUUACCAACAGGAGAAUAAUCUGUACUUCCUGGGAACUGUAAUGAAAGCAAAUGAGGAGUUUACUUCAGUGGCUGACAUCAUUGAUAACUUCACGAGAAUGCCCUUGUUACUAAUAGAUGGGAAAGAUCGAUGUUCAAGGAAGCAAUGUGUGUUGAAAUAUGCUGCUGGAUGCCUUUAGAAGAACAUUUCAUGAAGGACCAGUUUUGCUAUAUUUUUCUUCACAAGAUCAAGCUAAAAGAAUAAUUUAUCUGUGCUCAACUGAGAUAACUUCUUAUUUUUAUUAUCAUGUCAGAAUGCAAAAUCCACCCUUUAUUUGCCUCCAGUGUGCAAAUGUCUUCUUCUUUUCCUUUAGGGCAGUGGUUCCCACCCUGUGAGUCCCCAAGUGUUUUGGCCUCCAACUCCCAGAAAUCCCAGCCAGUUUACCAGCUGUUAGGAUUUCUGAGAGUUGAAGGCCAAAACAUAUGGUGACCCACAGGUUGAGAACUACUGCUUUUGUGUAUCAUGUCUCAUAACUGCAUGGAAUAAAAAAAAACAUGUAGUUUUAUGUACCUAUGUGAAACCCAUGGUCUGAAAUACACACUGAAUCAGCUGAAAAGAAAUUUAGAUCUGUGAUUACUGAGUAUUUUCUUAUUUUAAUGCAAUGGCUGUUUUUGAGGGAGUAGCUCUGUAUGAAUUUUCCAUAGUAAGCUUACAGUAAAUAGUAAACUUCAGCUCAGAAUAGCAUAAUAUAUUGGUAUAUUGAUGCUGUUGAACACAAUAUGCAUGCUAUUUUCUUUGUGGGAGCAUCUGUUUGUCAUGUUUUAAGCAUGAUGCUAUCAGUUGCAGGUCUUGCAUUUGAAGCAACUAUUAAUAAACAUUGUUUUGUAUUUUAUAAAGGUUAUGAACUCUUGUUCCACCCAGUGACUAUAUUUGGUAUACAGAGAACGAGCCAUAGCCAGCUUUUGGUUCAAACACUUUCCCUUUCUUUCACUUAUUUUCUCCAACUUACCUGUAAGGAAGAAUCUGAAAUUGUUUGCUUUGAGUGUGUUCUAACUAUGCAUCAAAGUGGGUUGAUGAUGCUGAUAAUAACAACUGCAGUGUAUACAUACAAAUCAUUUCCCAGAGAAAACUUCAGAAACAUGUGCUAGUUAAUCUGUGUAAUUAAAUAAUGGCUCCUGGCCUGACACUUAGUGUCCCUCUAUCCACCUUAAGAGUCAGCUAAAAGACUGGGUGAAGUAGGUGUAUUCAGUUUCCAAUGAGAGAAUAAGGAGGGGUCACUGCCUUCCCACCAGCCAGACUGGUUGUGACAAGGACUUGCAUUGGGGCCCUGCUUCUGAUUGGCACAGCUUUGCUCACAGGUACCCCAAUCACAAGCUGAACAGAUCCCUUUCAUUGAUUCAAUUAAUGGCUCUAAAGGUGAACACCAGUUCUAAUGUACAUGCAUUGCUGGUUUAUUCACAGUAAAGUAAUGCUGCUUUCUAAAACAGAAAAUGGAUUUAAGUGAUACAUUUUUUCCCUCCAAUUAUUUUAUUUUUCACAAUCAAUGUACUAUUUAAACAUAAAGUACCAGAGAAUAACAACUAUUUACAUGAAUUAAACAAUGCUGACUACAUAAAAAUAAAACUCA